AUUUUAAGUGGUUGCCCUCUAAGUGCUCCCAAUGUUAGGAGGCAGUUUAAGAAAUGACUGGGUCAUCUAUCCACCAGCCCUCCAGCUUCUCAACUUUCCUUUGCCACAGCAGCAAGAGCAGGCUCCUGGAACUUUGGUUCGAUACGAGCAUCCUUCGAUACACCAGCUUCGCUUAGCACCCCGUAGAUUAAGGGCACGACGUUCGGUUGUGGAAGGCGAAGGCUCCAGAGGACUGGACAACGGAAAUGGCGACUCGUCGAAAAUAAUAUUUGUGCGGCGCUGCUACAUGAUGGCUGGAUUGUUUUCGACUACAACUGCGAUCCUUGCCAUAAUCCUGUCCAAGGUAAUUCCUCCGGAGGCAGAUCUUAUAAUGGCAGGAUUCAUAAGUGCAAUGGUGUCCCUAAUGUUUCUCUUUGUCUUCUGUAUUUUGACCAAGUUGCGGAGUUUUUAUUGGUAUAGUUUCAUCAUGGCCGGGUUGUUUGUAAGUCUGGCAGGUUUGGGCGUUAUUCUGCUUCUCCUGGAGCGGAACCUUUCCCGCGUGUGCAUUGCCCUUCUGGUGGCCUCCGCCAUGACUGUGAUAUGCUAUUUCGCUGGCGCAUGGAUACCCAAGAUCAUCCUCCCCGGAGAGAGGACCAUGUUCCUCCUGCUCGUCAUUUUCGUGAUGUCCUCAAUCUUUGUGAUGACCAUGUAUAUCUUCACAGACAAUUGGAUCUACCAGUUGGUGUACUUCACGUUAUUGGCCACUUUGCUAAUACCCGCAUCCGUUUACCAUGCUCAGGUGGUUCAUUCCAGGCGAUUCCAGCUGCCCGAUUACGAAUUCGUUAUUUGCGCCGUCAACAUCUAUCUGCACUUUCUGUUGUUCUUUGCGGCCUUUUACUUUGUCAUCUGGGCUCCCAAAUGGUGAGAGUUAUAGGAGUUAAUUUAACGUGUCCGUGUAAAAUAAAAAGAAGGCUUUAAUGAGAAAAGAU